AAAGAAAUAAUUUUUAUCUAAAUGUUUCUACUAAAUACAAGUACAAAAGCGUCACCACACGUGUUUAUAAUCGUGUACCUUGCAAAUAUGUGAAUACUGCGUAUUAAGGCUAUUCUACAAUUGCGUAAGCGUAAGGUUGUAGGAGUAGGAGUAGUAGUAGUCAUAAAUGUUUUACAACGGAUCAAUCUACAAUAGAGUAAAGAUACGUUGUAAACUUGAUUACAGCAACCGAUCAGAGUGCAGUAAAUUAUGGCGGUGUGCGGCAUGAUGACGUGAACAGCACUCUGAUUGGUUGGCUCUUACGUUCACAUCUGUUGUAGUCGUGAAAGAUGAAAUUCAACCAUCUUCCACAACACGCUCUACAACCGGAAGUACCGCUUUACAACGACGCCUUACACACUCUUACAACCACUUACGAUCACGCUUACGCAAUUGUAGAAUAGCCUUUACGUGUCCCGGCCGCCACUCGAUCCUUUCUGCAAAUGUUCACUAUCAUGGCCGCGGCCACGAGCACAUCACGUGAUCAUAGAGCAUGCGUAUGGGACUACAGAGCGUGCGCAUAGUGUUCCGUCGCUUUUUCGGUAUGACAGAUUUCUUAACCUUAAUUCGUCAACUUUAAUAACGAUUAGUAUCUCGAUCGCUUUUCUGAUGCACGCUUAUUCUUGUCAGAUUUAUUCGUUUUAAGCAAAAUCGCGUCAAAUACGCAUAAUUACAUCGAUAUUUGAGGUGCGGGAUCUAAAUGAAACAAUUACUUUUUUAUAAAUAUAUGUGAAAGUGAGCCUGAUUGAAAAAGUAAAGUAUAUAUUAUAUAUUAUACAUUAUCGGAUAAUGAGUGAUUCGUCAUCAUGUGAUUCUAAUUCUGAUAAUGAUAUAAAUAAUGCAGUUCCCAAAAAAGUAAAACGACGUUACAAAACAGGAUUGUAUAAAGAUUAUGAGACUCACUUCAGAGAUAAUUUAUCUUGGGUUACUAGAUCAAAGUGGGAUUCUUUUACGAGUUAUGAACAUCAAUUAGCUUUUGUGCCAGAAAGCAGUAAUUUUUCUAACUUGAAUAAUGAGCAGAACCGUGAUUGUUGUAUUAGAAGUGAGAAUAAUUGUGACAUGAGAAUGAAUAAUAAUGAAGCUAGUAGUAAUAAUUCCACAGCGAUUCGCUCUCCAGAAUAUAAACCUGACUUAAAUAUUGAAGAUACAUUUGAGUAUAAUGAAAUUAUUCAUAUAAACAAUGAAGACGAGGACAAAGAAAAUGAAGAUGCCAGCAGUGUAGAAGACAAUAGUGAAGAUGAUGACAAACAUAUGAGUGAGAGUAGUUCAAAUGGCUAUGAUUCUGAUAACAAUGAAUUUGAUAGUGAUGAUUAUGAUGCGAAUAUCAGUGACGACGAGACUAAUGGGUCAUUUGAUGAUAAUACUAUAAUGUUUGAGAAAACUAAUUUAACUAUUCGUGACAUAAUGACUUUGAUAAUGGGAUUCUCAAUUCGAUUUAGACUGUCAGAUUUAGGAAGACAAAAACUGAUUGAGUUAAUAAAAUUAAUUGCAGGACCCGAGUUCAAAGAUAUAAAUAUUUCAAAGUAUAGAUUACAACAAAGAUUUGACCCACCAGACGAUAAAAUAAAUUAUCAUUAUUAUUGUAAUUCUUGCAACAAAGAAAUUUUAUAUUCAAUAUCAAAAUUAAAUUUUAAGAAUUAUAUAAAAACAUGUUCAAAAUGUGAUACAAAUAAUAAAAUAACGUUAAAAUCUACAAACUAUUUUACGUCUAUUAAUUUAACAUAUCAGUUAAAAAUGUUAUUUGAAUCUCCCUACAUUAAACAAGAAAUUUUUAAUUUUAUUAACUCAGUGACAGUAAAUCAGUGUAACGUUGAUAGCACAAAGAUUAUGAGAGAUGUUAAUGACAGUAAAUUAUACAACAAAAUUAACAAUAGAAAUACCUGUUACUUAACUUAUAAUAUAAGUACCGAUGGUGCACCACUGACAAACAGUGGAAAACGAGGCUUUUAUCCACUUUCAGUACAACCAAAUUUUGUAUCACCUAUCAGUAGAUUUAAACAAAUUCUACUAUGUGGAAUACUAACUUGUACAAAAGAACCUACAAGUGACAUAGCUCAAUUAUUUUUUUCUACCUUUAUCGAUGAAGCAAAAUUAUUGUAUGAAAAUGGUAUCGAAGUAACUAAUUUAAAAAAUGAAUCGAUUAUUGUAAAAUUUUGUCCAUUAGCUUACUGUGUAGACUCUGUAUGUCGACCAAUCUUGCAAAAUAGAAUGCAAUUUAAUGGGUAUUAUGGUUGUAGCUGGUGUUACCAUCCAGGAUGUUAUGUUAAAGAAGUUUCAGGUAUUAGAUAUCCUUUACGAGAUAUCGAUCCCGAAUUAAGAUCUCAUGAAAGUCAUUUAAAGGAUAUAAAAACUGUUACUUUAUCAAAUAAACGUCAAGAGAGAGGAGUAAAAGGAAAUACUGCUUUAAUUCAAAUUCCAUGUAUAGAUAUCGUGUGGUCCUUUUCUUUUGACUAUUUACAUACUAUCCUUUUUGGUAUUGAGCAGCAGUUAUACAAUAAGUGGACAUGCCCAAAAUCACAAUCAAUGUUUAAAUUACGUAAUGCGGAUGUCAAAGCUAUUGAAAAACGUCUGUUAUCUAUUACACCUACCCAGGAUAUACAUCGACUUCCACGAUCACGAAAAGAAAAGUUAAAAGGUGCUGAAGUGAAAACAUGGAUAUUAGUCUACAGUCUACCAUGUUUGGAAGAUAUCCUUCAUGAUACAGCUCUUAAACAUUAUUCAUUACUCGUCAGAAUUUUGUACACUUUAUUAAAAACAACAAUCACCGAAGAAGAAUUAGUACAAUGCGAAUAUGACGCCCUAAAGUUUGUUGGUUAUUAUCAGGUUUAUUACGGAGUUGAAAGUAUGACAUUUAAUGUUCAUAUUUUAUUGCAUGUUGUACAAUCAGUUAGGCAAACUGGUCCUCUUUGGAACAAUUCGACUUUUCCGUUUGAAGGAAAUAUUUUUCAAUUAAAGCAAUUGAUAAAUGGUCCUAACAAGAUGGAUCAGCAAAUAGCGAGGAAACACUUACAACAAUUACAUUUCAAAACAGGAAAUGUUAAUUACUCGUCAAAUAUUAUUAAAAAUUAUUGUACUGAUAUAUUUAGGCAUAAAAAUUUGUCAACUUAUUUUUAUUGUGGUGAAGAUGUUGUUUUUACGGGAGCAAGCUACUCCAAGAAAAUUGAUGGACAAUAUUGCCGUGUAUUUAAAAAAUGUAUUUAUAACGGUAAAGUUUUCCAUAGUAUAAAAUAUACAAAAGUAAAACGUACUAAUGAUACAAUGAUACAAUUAAAAUCAGGACAUUUUGGUCGGAUAAUAGAUAUUAUAGAAAAAGAAAACAAAUGCUAUCUUGCACUUUCAAAAAUUGUUACAUUUUCAGAAGAUCCUUUUAUUGUAACGCACAUAAAAAAAAUUAGAACCGAAGAUUUUCAAAAUUAUAAAAUUGUUCCUAUUACAGAUGUACUUUCAAAAAUAAUUUCUGUAAACAUUAAUAAUCUUGAAUUUUUAUGCAAAUUACCAAAUACUUUUGAAAUACAAUGAUAUGUUUCCCAAAACUGUUUAAAAUAUGUUUAACUGUACAAUAUGUAAUAUUAAAUGUUAAUUACAUUAUGAAAUAUGUAUAAAUAAUGUAUAUUAUACAUAAAAUAUACAAUAUUGUAAUUAUUAUGUAACAUUA